AUGCAAACGGCUGGAUCUGCAUCGAACGGGCAGACUAACCCCCUGUGGCUGCUGGCGGAGUUGACCUACCGCUGUCCGCUGCAAUGCCUUUAUUGCUCCAACCCCAUAGACUACGCCAAGUAUCAGAAUGAGCUGACCACCGAGGAAUGGAUGCGGGUGCUUCAGGAAGGCCGCGCCAUGGGCGCUACGCAACUCGGCUUCUCGGGCGGCGAGCCCCUGGUUCGCAAGGACCUCGUCGAGUUGGCUCGCGAAGCCCGACGGCUUGGCUAUUAUUCCAACCUGAUCACCUCCGGCAUCGGCAUGGACGAGCCGCGCAUCGCGGCUCUCAAGGAAGCCGGGCUGGACCAUAUCCAGUUGAGCUUCCAGGCCAAUACACCGGAAGUCAACGACUACAUCGGCGGUGCCAAGACCUUUGAGCGCAAGCUGGCCAUGGCGCGGUUGAUCAAACAUUACGAUUACCCGAUGGUGAUGAACGUCGUGCUGCAUCGGCAGAACAUCGAUCAGACCGAGGAAAUCCUGCAGAUGGCCGAGGAGUUGGAAGCCGAUUACGUCGAGUUGGCCAACACGCAGUAUUACGGUUGGGCGAAGGUCAACCGUUCUCAACUGUUGCCGACCCGCGAGCAGGUGGAGCGCGCCGAAGCCAUCGCCCACGACUACCAGGAACGCUUCAAGGGGCGCAUGAAGGUCUACUAUGUGGUGCCCGAUUACUUCGAGGACCGUCCCAAACCGUGCAUGGCCGGCUGGGGUUCCGUGUUCUUGAAUGUGGCGCCGGAUGGCAGUGCCCUGCCCUGCCACGCAGCCCAUCAACUGCCGGGCCUGGACUUCCCCAACGUGCGCGACGCGAGCCUGCAUUGGAUCUGGCACGAAUCCCCAGCCUUCAAUGCCUUUCGGGGCGAGGACUGGAUGAAGGAGCCCUGUCGGACCUGCCCGGAACGCGCCAAGGACUUUGGCGGCUGCCGCUGCCAAGCCUACAUGCUGACGGGCGACGCGGCCAACGCGGACCCCGUUUGCAGCCUGUCGCCGCAGCACGACGUCGUGCUCAAUGCCAUCGACGAGGACCAGGUCGUUCCGCCUGCCGGUCAGCUUCCGAUGUUCCGCAGCAACAAGAAUUCGCGGCAGUUUGUCGAAUCUGGCGUUUAA